AUGGCGUCUCUCGCGUGUUGUUUGUCGGCGAAUCCCCUCGCUGCGUUGGCCGCAGGUUGUUGGGGGCGGUGCGCCGGAAAGAAGUCGGCCAGCGCUCAAGACGCCUCGGGGCCUGACGUCGUUCGUCUGUGCACCUGCUCCAAGUCCCUCUCCGGCAGCUUCGCGAAGCAGGCCUCGGGCUUGUCCGUCUACGCGGACCGGGGAUCAGGUGGGGAAUCGAGGCCUGGCUUUCUCCGGAAAUUCAGCGGUCCAGUGGUGUCAAAGGGCGACAGCAGCCUCGAGGACGGCGCGGAGGAAAGUGGAGCCAAGUCGUCGCGAUCCAGCGACAGAAAGCAUCGCGCCUUGCCGCGCGCGGACUCGGACGAUGUCGAGAUGGGCGCGGGGGAGUCGGGCGCGGGAGCAGACACAGAGGAAAACUUGGAAAGUUGUGUGGAACCGGUGCCUGGACGCCGGAACGUCUGUCCGACCUGCGGAGGCGUUGUCGCGUCUCCCGGCGAGACCUUGAUUCUUGUUCCGCCCCUGGAGGUCGACGAAGAGGACAGCGUCGCUGAGCAGCGACGCAAGAAGACUUGCCAGGAAUCGUGUUUCGAUCGCCUGGAACACAUCAAUCCAGUGAACCUGCUCCGCUUCGCAGCUCGGGUUCGUCGCCAUGUCGGAAGUCCUUUCUUCCUUCUCCUCCUCUCUGUGUUUGGCGGCGUGCGCGGGAUCUUGUACGGCCUCACGCACCGCUCCCUGCUUCCCUACUUGAAGAGUAUCGACCAAGACGCAGCAACGUACCAAGGCAUAGACGCCCUCGGAACCGUCAUCUGGGGCAUGAUGGGUGUGGUCGGUACCAUCAGCGACUCAGUUCCCCUGGGCGGGUACCACAAGCGCUACUACAUGCUCAUCGCGAACGUCGUCGGAGUGUGUGGGGUCACGCUGCUCGCCACGUGUCCCGCGCACCUGGUUGCGCAGAACGUGUGGAUCGUCGGGUUGGCCAUGUUCCUCAUCUGUACGCAGAUGAGCACCUUGGUUCUCAUGUGUUCCGGCAAGUACAGCGAAAUGAUGGAGAAGAAUCCGGAAAUGAAGGCGGACAUUGUGACAUUUGUCUUCAUGUGUUGGAUGGUCGGGAACCUCAUCGGAACGUCAAUUGUGGGUCCCAUCUCGGACGCCGUGGGGACGCAGCCGCUGUACUACCUGGCUCUGCCCAUUGCGGCCCAGUCCGUGGUGCCGAUCGUCCUGGGUUUCCUUCCCGAGGAAAAGGUUCAGUUCCGGAUUCUGACGAACAAACUGUUGGGACACAAACGGUUCUUCCUCAUGGCUUUGGCCAUCGGAGUGGCGGCGACUGGCGUCGUCGUCAUCACCAUUGCGUUCCCCGGUUCGAGCGCCGUCAUGAUUCCGUACUGCAGCCUGGUUUCCGUCUUCCUCAUUGCUCUCUGUCUGUUCUGUCUCCCUCCCAAACUCGCCAAGUGCAACCUGUAUCUCUUCCUCUGGGGCCUAGUCAACGUCUCCGUCUCCGGCGCCCUCGACUUCUUCUACACAGCGAGCCCAAAGUGCCUUCCCGAUGGCCCUCACUUUGACUACACAUACUACGCGACCUACAUCUCCGUCGCAGGCGCUCUGGCGAACUGGGCGGGCAUCUGGGUGUUCCACUCGUUCUUGGCGGACUGGACCUUCCGGCACGUCUUCUGGUUGUCGAUUGCCGUGCGCGCUGUCGCGUCGCUCUUCGACUACGUCAUGGUGCUUCGGCUCAAUCUGUACAUUGGCAUUCCUGACAAGUUCAUGUAUCUUUUCGGCGAUGCCAUCAUCCUCAACUUGGUCAACACGCUGAACCACAUGCCCGGAUACAUUCUGACCUCUCGCCUGUGUCCGACGGGGCUGGAGAGCACGGCGUACGCCGUGAUGGACGGCAUGUCACAUCUGGGUUGGAAUUUCUCCAAGCAGUUUGGUGUCUUCGCGACGGAGCUGGCAGGCAUUGCGACGGGCGAAAACAGCCCGGGAGGCUGUGACUUCAACAACCUCGGGAACCUCGCUCUCAUUACUCAGGUCGCACUUCCGCUCCUCGCAAUUCCCCUGUCCUUCCUCCUCCUCCCGAACUCUCCAAUGUCUGAGCGCGUUCGACAGGACCUCGACGAAAAUGUGGAGGCCGACAAGACGGAUGAAGGGAAGGGGAACCUCGAGCUGAAGGACAGAGGAAUUAGCGAGAGCACCAAGUGCUCCGCCAUGGACCGGGGCAGCACCACGACCAGUGUCGCCGAAACGGUGACGCCACUGACAGGUGUAUGUACACCGGGAGGCACGAGUGCUGUGAGCGACGUUGACGACGGUGUAUCUCUGGAAGUCGACGAUGAUCUGUUUUUCAAGCCGGCCGGCGGGGACGGGUCGCAAGAUGACGUGGAAGCGCCAGAAAGAAGUUACCUCGGCUCCGAGAGGAGGAUGCGACUGGUUCGAAUAAAGCGGACGGACGCAGACAUGAGCGACACGUCCCAGAUGUCUUCGGAGAUAGAGCCGGCUGGCCACGCCGGAGAGACUGAGGCACUCCGGGCUCCAGCUGGCGACGGGUGUGGCCUCCCAGAAGGUGGACGGUGGUCCCGCGGCGAGUUGGAGUACCCGAGUUGGGACCGGCCGCAGCGGUCGGGUUCGAGUCACCGGGUGGUGUCCCCCUUCCCACACGUGCGUUCUGGGUUAGGUUCCUCGCGUGCAACGCGGGGCGACGAGGGAGGUGACGGGAAUGGGUACAUCAAAAUGCGUCCCGAGAGGGAGAGCCGUGGAAGCGUCAGUCGCGCGUUCCACAUGGUGUCGAGUAGUCCCAGCUCUCCGGCCGGCGAUGACGCUGUGCGGGCGAGGCCUCAGCCAGGGCCGAACAGUCAGAGUGCGUUUGCAUGUGGUGCACAGCGUUCUGACCAUAGUGAAAGCGUAGAAGAGACGGGAGAGGGAACGAUCCCUCUCGGCCUUAGGCACGGCAGUUAUUUCCUUGCAAAGGGAGGCAUUCUUGACUACGCUUGCGACCACGAAGUCGGCGCAGAGUCGCCGACGAAUGGUUCCUUGGCCCGUCUUCAGUGA